AGCAACAUCACCUGGCACCCCUCCCUCUCCCGCCGCGAGCGCAACCAGCUCCGCAACCAGCGCGGCCUCACAAUCUGGCUCACCGGCCUCUCCGCCUCGGGCAAGUCCACCGUCGCCACCGCCCUCGAGCAGCACCUCCUCCACCUCGGCCUCGCCGCCUACCGCCUCGACGGCGACAACG